UUUUUAUUCUAUUUAAGAGUUAAUAUUUCCAAAUUCAUCAGUUUUACAACAAAAAAUAUACAAAAAAAAUGAUAAUUAUGACUGAAAAUUUAAUUGAACCGCCUUUCCCAAUUGAAUAUUGAACAAGGUUAAAAUGGUAUACAUGAACAAUGAAAUGUGUAUGAAUCACGUGAUAGAGAAGAAUCGUUUGUAGUCUUCUGUCAAAUACGUCGAAAAAUGACAGAGAACAUAAAUUCCGUAAAUGAAUACAAUGAUGGCAUAAACGACCAAGACUCCACAUACUCAUCAGAAGUUAAUACACAUUCAUUGAAACAAACCGCCGAAGAUGACCUUGAAAAUACUUUACCGCGUAAUUCAAACAAUUCAAACUAUUCCGAUCAAUGUAGUCAUCAUCACUUAUCAUUUUUACAAAAUCAACUACAAAAUAUUUUCAAGUCUACUUAUAAUUCAAAGAAAAUUCCAAUUACUAUUGAUUUAUUAAGAGGAUGUAAAAGAUUGAUAAAAAUUUUAACAAUGGCGGAAAAUUCUUUGAAUCGAUUACUUUCAAAUGUAUGCGAAGAUGAUCAACGCUUAGUGUAUAAAAUUAUUUUAUACCGAUAUGAAAUACUAUGGUUACCAUUGGCUGGACGUUAUAAAUUAUAUACUGGUGCUCCAAUCGAUGUCUACUUGAUGUGGUUCGCGCAUAUGUUGAAUACUACAGUGUAUCGUCAAGAAUGUCAAAGUAUUUGUGGCGAACAAAUUGAACAUUUUCUUGUCUGUCAAAAUACCUUAAAGAAUUUAACUAACAAGGCUAGUGAACUAUGGAAAUCACGUUAUCCGGCGGAACCAUUCAAUCUAGAUGUCAAUCAUUUAGACAAGUAUAAAUCUCAAAUAAUCGAUUGGUAUUCAAAAUUAUCCAUCAAUCCUAUCCAGUUGAUUGAAUAUAACAGUAAUUUUUAUUAUCAAAUUCUAAUGCCACAUUAUCUCAACAAAAGUUUUCUUGAAGACGCUUGUGAACGCUAUCGAAAGUAUUUAUACAUCAGAAAACUUUACUGUCAGAUAAAUCAACAACACUAUUCCACAAGUACGAUUUCAGAGACUCCAUCUUCAACUUCUUCAUCAACCUCAUCUGGCAUAACUACUACUGAAAACAGUCAUUGUAACAGAAAUAUUAUUAAUAAUUCCUUUUUACUACUAACAAGUAGUCAAAAGAGUAUCCAUAAAAAUUGUGAUGAAAACUACCUCAGUUGUAGUAAUCAAAUACACAUAAAUUAUCUUCCCUAUGAUAUUGAAUUAUGCUGGCGAGUACAUUUAUUUCAUCCACGUAUUUAUGUUUAUGAUACAAGUCGUUUAUUUGGUAGAACACUGGAAUAUUUCAGUAAUCAAAGCAAUAAAACUAAUAAUAUACAUUGGACAUUGAAUAAACAAAAUGGAUUUGAUGAAAAAUCGCUUUUUGUUGUUAACUCACUGAAAUUUCAAUCUUCAAAGUUCAGUUUACAAAUAAUGCCUAGAAUUUAUGAGCUGUGGAGAUUACAAUUUCCUGAUUGUGAAUUUAUCAAAUAUGGUUGUUAUAAUCGUGGUAUCUCGACAAGAAAUCGAUUGGAUAUACUUAACACUGAAGAGAUUUAUAGAAUGUCGACAAAAUGUACUAAAGUCUCCAUCCAACAAAUAACAAUCACACCGAUCCCAGAAUUAGAAAAAUUCACACUACGCAUUAAUACUACUUCAAGUCAACCGGAAGAAAUCAAUCCUGCCUAUUCAACAUCUCAUAGAAUGUGUACACUGAAGUUGAAUUCAUCAGUAAAUGAUUCAAAUAAAUCAAUAACUAAAUUCACUAUGACAACGGGUGUAUGCGAUGAAUUAUUGAUUAGUCUGGUGGAUAAACGCCUAUGGUCUUGCUUAAAUAAUAAACAGUUUGGUCAAGCUAAAUUUAAAUUAACCGAUGCAAUAGAAAAUUUCCACGGUGUCGAACAAACUCAAUUCAAGUUUUCUAAAGAAUUAUGUCAGGAUAACUCUGAGGACCAAUACAUCGAAGCAAAUAUCAAUACGAUAAAAUCAAAUAAUUUCCCGAAGGACGCUAUUCCAAGUAAACACUCUUCAAGCGUAUACGUUACACUCGCAUUACUUAUCAAUCCGCCUAUCAGACAUUCAAUACGAUUGAAAGUUCAACUUGGUCCUCAAUUAGUAUGUCAGUUGCCAUUGCCUGAUGAAAAUCAAUUAAGUAUUGGUUAUAAAAUAUGGGGUCCUGUAUCAAUUUGUCCCAGUUUACAUAUUCAUAAUCUCUUAAAACAACAUUAUCGAUCGUGUAUAAAACAAGGUGAAAUAUUAUUGGAAACUUUUCAGCCAAUGAAUUAUGAACAGCGUUCUUUAGUACUUGUACAUAAAUUAUUCAAUCAUCUAAAUGAACAUGUUCUCACUGUUCGUGUACAACACAACAUCCUACUUGGAUUGUCUGCAGUUUAUGUCUAUUCUGGUAAUCGUUUAUUAUGCUUAGGUCAAACAAUUGGUCAAGAACACCUGCCAGCAAUUCAGUCCAAGAAAUCCAGUUGUAAUUCUAAUAGCCCACAUAGCAAAAAGCAUUUUAAAUCAUCUAAUCAUUUACUUUCAAUGCGAUUCAAUGUUCAACAUUCAAAUAGGAAUUUUCUGCGUAAUUUAAAUCACUUGACUACACAGUUUAAACAAACACUUAAAGAUCUUUCACAACAAGAAGAUAAUCAUAAUACUUCUUCAAAAAAUAAUAGUAACAAUACUACUAGUAACGAUAGUAAUAAUAAUAAUAGUAAUAUUUGGGGUUUAUCACAAUCAGCUAAUGAUCGUGGUAUUUUAAUAAAAGACUCCAAUGGAGAUUGGUGUAUUGUUAUCGGCAAAUGGUCAGAAUUUAAACGUCUUCCCGCGCCAAUCUAUGCAGUGAAUUCAAACAACAAUAAUUUAACAAAUGAACAUUCUAUAGAUAAUUCUAAUGAAAUACAUGGAAAUGGUGGACAUUUAUCUUUAAAAUUUAAAUGGUUUGCAUCAGCAUCAACACCAGCAAGAAUAUCUUAUGCUCAGAUACCGGACAAUACAAACAGUUUUACUGUGAUUCUACACGAUGCUUCAGUUAACAUGCAAACUGGGGAAUUGUUUAUUAGUAAAAGCUGUAAUGAAAUUGCACAGAAUGUUUGUUUAGCCUUUUGUUGUGGAAUUUUACAUGUAUUAUGCCAACCACGUAUCUUAACGCAUGAAUCAAAAGUGAACUCCUAUCAAAAUUACAGUGAGUGUGAUCAGAGUUCAUUUCCUGUAAGAGAUAAAAAAAUUAACACUCAUGAAGAUGUACUACUGACUAACUUUCAAGCAUCAACUAAACAAUCUACUAAAGACACCAAUUUAUCAACAUCAUUAUUAUCAACUAAUUCUAUGACCAAUGAAACAUCAAACACCUGCAUGAACGGUAUUCAAAUGAAGCAUUCUCAAUCUGUUGUAGUAAUAAAGAAGACUAUAAAAAAAUUAGUUUGGAAUCUACGUGAUUAUGAUUUGAGAAAAACAUUUAAAAAACCUAAAGAAGUAAAUAAUGAAUGGAAGAGACAAAUGGAAGAGUUGUUCUUCACUGGUGUCGAUGUUAGUGACACUUCCGAUGGAGGUGUUAACGACAACAGUAGCUAUAGUCGUCGUAGUAGGAGUAGACAGGGUGGCGGUGAUGGUGAAGGCAGUAAUAGGAGCGUUGGAAAUCGAGGUAGUAGCGGCUGUGCGAGUGUCAGUGACGUCAAUAGUGAUGAUAGGCAUAGUAAGGGUAAUAGCAGUAAAAAAGGGAGUGGCGGCAAUAAUCUCAGGGAUGGCAGUGGUAUGGGUUUUAGGAGUGACAGCGGCACUGGUGAAACUCAAGAUGAGCAUUUCAAUAAGAAUGAUGAUCGGAGUGAAUUGAUGAAUGAAGUAAAAGUCUACGGUUAUGCUGUCUGUCAAUUUCAAAGUCAACAGUAUGAAGUUUAUAGUGAGCCAAUGAAAUCUGAACAAAAAUUGUAUGACAAAUAUGAUAAUCAAAACAAUGGAUAUUCAUUUCAAAAUUCAACAUUUUCAACAAUCAAUGAAAAAGAAACCAGAAAUCAUUUAAACAUGGCACUGACAUUUACAAUGUGUAGAGCUUGUGGACUACCAAUUGACAGUUUAAUACCAAGUGUACAAUAUAUUAGAUAUUUAAUACGUAAUUCUAUUCAAUUUAAAUAUGUACAUAAAUCGCCAGUUGAUUUAAACAAUUCAAACAAUGUUCAAUCAUUCAAUGAUCAAUGUAUGUAUAAUGAUGAGGCAGAUGCGUCAAAUUUAAAAAUUUUUAAUCCGGAUAUAAUCAAUGUAUAUCGAUGUAAAAGUGAGAAACAACAGUCAGUGAAUAAUUCAAACAGUUUAAAAUUAUCAGAUGAUGAAAUUACUUCGUUUAAAAGGAUAAAUAAACAGCUUAAUGGACAGCAUGGUAGUGUUGAGAGGGAAGAAACCAGUGAAGGAAAUAAUGGCGGAAUAAACUACAGGGAAUUGUUAAAUUCAAACAAUUGUACAAAGUCCAAUGACAUUGUGAAUAAAUCAAACAAGAAUGAUAAUAACAGUAAUAAUUCACAAACAUGUAAAGAAUAUAAAUGGCGAUUAAGUGAUUUUUAUGAUUAUUUCAUAUUGGAGCUACCAGAUAUCUGUUCUGGUUGUAUUCCUGGCUGUAGAUAUUGUAAUGGUCUAGAUAUAUUCUAG